CUGUUGCUGAGUAUCUGGAGUGUCGUUGUAUGCCUCUUGCUCUUGCCGCCACAUGUUAGGAUAGGACCCUGGAGUCGACGGAGCAGCCUUUGUCAUCCCAUGUGCUUCCCAAGUAAAAUUGAAGGAAGAAAAAAUGUCUGAAAGUUCCAAAAUGAUCUCCAACUGACACCUUCUUGUGGGCAAUCAUCUUUGACCCGCUCUUUCUGUCCAAAGAUUGAUGGCGCUUCCCUUCGAGCUGCGGCUUACUCUGCUGGUGCUAUCUUCCAUCUUCAUCCCCAUAGCUUGCAAGCUCUUCAUCGUUCUCAUAUGGAAGCCUCUUGCAAUACAGAGUUGUUUCAAAAAACAGGGGAUCGGGGGCCCGCAACGCCACCUCCUCCAUGGUUCUAUGCAGGAGAUGAUGAGCCUCGAACAAGAAGCAAUUAACAAGCCCAUAGAAGGUUUCUCACAUGACAUAGCCUCAAGGGUAUUACCUGCUUAUCACAAAUGGUCCAAAAGAUACGGGGAAUUGUUCCUGUACUGGGUUGGAACGGAACCUAGAUUUUGUGUGACGGAUGCAGACAUGAUCAGAGAGAUGCUGAAAACCAAGUUUGGAUUGUUCACGAAGGACGAUCCCAUACCUGCACUCAAAGCGUUGCUUGGCAAGGGACUGGUUCUGGCCACCGAUGAGAAGUGGGUGGAGCACAGGCGGGUUAUCAAUCCUGCUUUCCAUGUCGACAGACUAAAGGGAAUGACUAAGGCGAUGGCAUCGUGCACCAUCUCCAUGCUGAGUACGUGGACAGAUGAAGAAAAAGAGUUGGAGGUUCAUGAGCAAUUAAAACAGCUGACAGCAGAUAUAAUAGCCCAGACAGCAUUUGGAAGCAGCUACCGUGAAGGCAAAGAAGUUUUCACAGCACAGGAAGAGCUAAUCCUAAUGGCUAUUGCUAGCUUUGGAGACAUCUCUGUGCCUGGAUUGCAGUACUUACCUACAAAGAGAAAUCGCCAACUGUGGAAGCUGGAGAAGAGAGCCAGAGAUAACCUUAAAUUCAUAAUCAACUCCAGAAUCAGAUCUGCGGUAAAAGCUGGAGGCUUUGGGGAUGAUUUGCUUGGGAUGAUGAUGGAAUCCUCAAGAGGAGAAGAUGGAAGAAUGAGCAUGAGCCUCAACGAAAUCAUGGAUGAGUGCAUGACCUUCUUCUUCGCUGGGCAUGAGACUACUGCCAAUCUGCUAACUUGGGCCAUGUUCCUGUUGAGUAUUUACCCGGAUUGGCAAACUAAACUGAGACAAGAAGUGAUGGAUCUGUGCGGAAGGGGGACCCCUGACGCAGAUAUGCUUGGAAAAUUGAAAUUGACUAACAUGUUUCUCAUGGAAACAUUGAGGCUGUACCCCCCUGUUCUUUUGAUGUUGAGGAAGACUGCCAAGGAACUAAAGCUGGGAAAUGUGCUGAUCCCAAAGGACGUAACCAUAACGCUUCCCAUCCUCAUGGUUCACAGAAAGCCAGAGUAUUGGGGUGAAGAUGCAGAUGAGUUCAACCCGUUGAGAUUCUCGCAGGGACUCUCCAGAGCUGGUAAGCAUCCGAAUGCGAUGAUGCCAUUCUCCUUUGGUCCAAGGGUGUGCGUCGGGCAGAGCUUCGCUAUGAUGGAAGGGAAGCUGGUGCUGGCCAUGAUAUUGCAGCGCUACUCGUUUUCUCUUUCUCCUGGUUACAAGCAUGCACCAUUUCGCCUCCUUACUCUGCGGCCUCAGUUCGGUCUGCCUAUUCUGCUGCAACCUGUACAUGUGUAGAUGGAUUACUGUACUCCUUGCAGGAUGUACUCGAGUCUUGAGAGUUGAUUGGCGUCCUAAUUCCAGAGCAAUAAGUUAGACGUUGUUGGUUUAAAUUCUCAAAGUGUUGAGUUAAUUAGUGAUUCAAAUAUACAGAUAACGUGACGCAGGACUCCAUCUUUCUUUUUGUA